GGGAUUUAAAAAUUUCUAGUAGAUUUGUAGGUAAAAUUUCUCCAGACACAACAAUUAUGUUCAAAAACUACAAAGACAUACGUGAUGUUGUUUCCUUAUUGGUAUAUUGUCCGUAUGAAAGAGCAUACCUUUUGAGUAAAGAAUCAAAUGGAGAGUACUGGAUACCGUCUUGUAAAACUGAUAAAAGCUGCUGGAAAACCACGGCGCACAAGUUACAUUUUGAGUUAUUUGGCAUGGAUUCAUCAGCCCAGUGUCACCCGCUGCGGGUCUACAAGAUCUGGCUCCCUAACCACACCCUCACCUGUGUGUACCAUGCUGUGUAUAAAGUUGCUAUUAAAUCAGACGUAAAGAAGAGGGUUAAGCAUAGAGCGGGUAUAAGGAAUCGACUGCAAUGGUUCACAAUGGUAGAACUAGAGCGGUUACGAGCGCACACCAACCUUCGUAGUCCGGAGUUGGCGAUCUUCGCGCAAAUGGCCGUUGGAGAUGUGCUACCGAAGGACUUGGAUGUUCUUGAAUUCGAGCCGGGUAUCCUAGUGGAGAUUUGCGAAGACAAUAUACUGCUUGGUGUCGAAGUAGCGGCUGGAGCGGUCGCGCUCGCGUCUCCGCAUUGCCAGUUGUUACAAGCUGCUAAUUAUUUGAAAGAAGAUCAAAUCCGCUUGUACACAGAAUUCAUUUUGCUAGUGUAUCCAGCAUUAUACAUGAGCCCGUAUAUAUUUACACAGUUCAUGCAAGACUUGGGCUGGCAGAAGUCACAAUGUUCCAAUUUAUUCAGGGCUGCAGAUAUAUCAGGGAGAGGUGGACUAUCCUUUCUUGACUUGAUGCUGUGGUCAGCUGCUUUAGAACCCUUCACUCAACAUAAUGGAUCACCAGCUGAAUUGAGAUGCAGAUAUAUAUUCAGAUAUUUCGAUAGCAAUCGGGAUCAGAAACUAGAAUAUCAAGAAUUUAAAGAGUUGAUGAGUGCUGCUCGCGCGGCUAGAGAACUGCCGGUCGAUUCGCUUAGUGUUGCCAGGGAUACCGAUGUUUGUCUUCGACAACUAGGCUUACAACCGAACUCUCAGCUGCCAAUAGCGGAAUUUCUUCGUGCUGUAAGUGAGUUGCGUAUACGCGGCACGAGCGCCUUGCUACGAUCCCCGAAGAGUACAGCUGGGUAUUUGAUUGAUUUACAUGAGCGAGAUCGUGAGAUGGCUGUAGCAACUGCUUCUAAAAUUAUAAAUGACCACGUUUGUGUACCAGACGCAUCAUCCCACGCGGUAGAACUGAGUUCCAUAACAUCUGUGCGCCGCAAAGACUACUCGCUCGCUAACUGCGUGGUCAAAUUGCAAAAGAAGAUGCCCCCUGAAAUGCAGCAAUUGACUAGUUUUGACGAAGAGACCAUUACCAGUUCCACAGCUCACCUAAUUUCUUCUUCUGUCAAUUCUAUGGACUUCCUUGGAGCUAAUUCUACCCCUGUGGAAGUAUUCGCAUCGAUUCACUAUUUCUCUUUGCAUUUUGAUAAAACUUCACAUCGUCGCGUAUCCGGUGGAGGUUCCACCACCGCUACCAAAUCCGCUUUCAGCUGGUUAUCACCAGAUGAGGAAGUGGCUCUUGGUAGUCUUCUACUAAAGAUGGCGGAAGCUGUACGAGCUAUAUGUUCUUAUGAGCCUAGGCUGUUGAGGCUCAGUUCGCCUGUUUAUGCGAUUGGUGACUUACACGGCAACCUGCCGGCCCUAUUAGCAAUGGAAUCUUCCCUUUGGCCCACGGGAACAGCACUCGUCCCAGCACGGCUACUAUUCCUAGGGGACUAUGUAGAUCGUGGGGCAUUCGGGACGGAAUUAUUGGCGUAUUUGUUUGCUGCAAAGCUACAAAGGCCCACGGGGGUGUAUUUGAUAAGGGGCAAUCAUGAAGCCAGGGAUAUACAGAAGAUGUUCAGUUUUCAUACGGAGUGUUUAACGAAGUACGGCGAGGUAGAAGGGACCAAGAUAUGGAGCGCCAUCAAUCAAGUGUUUGACGUGCUGCCGCUGGCCGCUGUCGUCGAUGAUAAGGUAUUCUGCUGUCACGGUGGUAUUCCACCACCGUGGGUAUGUCCGCUCAUAUCUGCGAUAGACAAGGUGCCGGUGCCGCUGCCCAAGCCGGCCGAGCAGAGCUCCAUAGCGUGGGAGCUGCUGUGGAACGAUCCCAUCAGGAACUCAAAAAUAACAGCGUCUCAAGCGCUUGAGCUAGCGGCGAACGAGGGCUUUGCCGUUAACAGUAGGCGCGGUACAGCGCACGUGUUCUCCAGCGGUGCGCUGCAGCGCUUCUUGUUAGCGAACCAGCUGUCGCACGUGCUGCGCGCGCACGAGCUACAUCAGAAUGGGUUUAUGUGUCAAUUCAACGGACGACUUGUAUCAGUAUUUUCAUCUUCACAUUACUGCGGCGGGAACAACGACUCCGGUGUAGUACUGCUGGAGGACGGCAAGUUACGGCUUAUCAAAGUUACCAGUGAAUUAUGA